AGCCUGUUCCACGGCCCCGCCGAGGCGGCCGCGCUGGCCGAGGCCGCGCGGCUCUUCCUGCGCCAGGAGCGGGACCUGCGGCAGCGCCUGGGGUUGCGCGGUGGCUUCGGCGAGCACGUGGCGGCGGCGCAGAGCUGCGGGGCCUUCGCCGCCCGCCUGCACCUGGAGCGGGGGCAGCCCGCGCUGGCGGCCGGGCCGUGCCUGGAGCUGGCGGCGGCGCUCCGCGACACGGGACAGC